AUGUCAAAUUUUCAUCCUCUUCACGAAAAAUUAUUAUGCGAGUGGAAAUUAAAACUUUCGAAGACAGAAAAGUUAUUUCCAUGUCCAGCACUAAACGGGCUUUUUAAAGAUGAAACUGAGAUUUUUGACAGUUUUACGCAAAAUUUGCUGGAAAAUUAUAUUGUUAAUCGACGAAUUCAAAAAAAGCAAAAUAUUCCUCGUACAAACAAUGAAGAGAAUGAAGAGAAUUUAACAUAUCACGAUGAAUCGGCUAAACCCUCAUCACAAGAAGUCGAAUGCGAAGUAGAUUCGUAUCUAAUUCAAAACAUAAGUGCAAAAUUGAAUAUUGGAAAAGCAGAUGAGAUCUUAUCUGAGUUUAACACGUUAAUGAGAUUGCCACACUCACAACUUAAUAAAAUAUUUAAAGACUUAGAAAUUUCCCAACUUGAUGAUGUUGUCUUGGCUAUUUUAUGCAAUGAAAUUGUUAAGCAUGAAGAUAUCGCAUAUCAAAAUUAUAUAGUGUUUUUUAAACAUGGUUUAUUAGAAAAGGUGCGACAUAUAAAGUCAAAACCUUCACGUAAUUUCUUGGCAAAUAUUUCGAAACUCGCGAAAGCCAAAAGUAAACCGAUGGUUUAUGGAUUAUUACUACCUUUAAUUACGGAAUCUGAUAUAUAUACAGCACAACCUCAAUUAGAAGUGAUUUCUCGUGUAAUCGACAGUGGAUUAAGCGAAGAAUCUAUCAUCGCAUUGUUGAAUGAACUAUUUUCAGAAUCCUAUCCUUCGAUCUCUCAAGUUAAUAAUCCUACAUCAAAAGAUUCUUUCAGCCUCCAAAUAAAUUGGCCUCCCUCAACAAUUGAUGUCCUAUUUUCAAUCUUUAAUCAAAAAUUCGAUUUAAAAGAAGCUGCUUUCCAGCAUAUCAUUCCAAAUUUUUUACGACACCUAGAUUUCAACAUUGAAUUAUCGCCAAAUGACAAAAAAUUAGGUCAGCUAUUAAUGUUACUUGUCACGAAGCACUCAAAAGAUUUUAUGGAAAACCUGGAAGAAAUCAAAAUUAUUGCUGAAAAAAGCAAGUCGUUUAUCAAAAGAGGUGUUUUAGCGCAGAUUACAAAUUUGAUAAAGAAACAAGAUAAAGUCCGAUGA